UUUCCUGCUUAGUGGGGACUCCAGGGUCCUCUGACACAGACGUGCUAAGAAAUGACACUCCUUUUGCGGAAUAACUAACAGCAGGAAACACUAUAAAAGGAAGUGAACAAGUGAGAAAUUCAGAGGUCAUCUAGCCAAGCAGAAGGUGCAGACCUGGGCUCAGGCAGAGCUCCAAGUGUCCCGCUGCGGCGAUCCAGGGGCGCUCUCUGGUCUUCGCUGACAGGGGCGAGGAACCGGGAACAGGACCAUGUGGCUGCUGUCCCCCACUCUCUUCCUUCUCAGCCUCCCAGGCUGUUUUUCCAUCCGAGGCCCGGAGUCCGUGAGCGGCAGGGAGCGGGGCUCGCUGACCGUGCAGUGUCACUACCGGCCCGGAUGGAAGACCUACAGGAAGUACUGGUGUCGAGGAGCUCACUGGUUAUCUUGCCAGGUCCUCGUUGAGACCACAGGAUCAGAGCAAGAAGUGACAAAAGACAGGGUGUCCAUCAGGGACAACUGGAAAAACCACUGGGUCGUGGUGACCAUGCGGGACCUCGGGCAAGACGACAAUGACACCUACUGGUGUGGGAUUAACAAGCUCAUAACUGACCGUGGAGCAUCCAUUCGGGUGAUGGUUGUCCCAGGGAACGUGGUAUCCAAGCCCACUGUCGACAGCCAUGCAGAGUUGUUCUUUGGCUUCCACAUCCGAAACCACUACAUGCUGCUGGUGUUCGUGAAGGUGCCCAUCUUACUGCUCGUGGUUGGUGCUGUCCUCUGGCUGAAGGAGCCUCGGAGCAUCCCCAAGGAGCAGCAGGAAGAGCCCAUCUAUUCGAACUUGUCCUGUGACCUGACCACAGACGCAGCCCCUUAAGAUGGACGGAUGAGAAAACCCUUUCGAGCCUGGACACCAUUCCCAGGAGAGACACGAACUGGGGAAGGAACCCCUCGGACACCUCCGGGUCCUCUGGGGGCUAGCCAACUCCCUCCCUGCUCUGCUCAGCUCAGGGACACAGCUCAGCUCCUCCCCAGGCGUCACCGGUGCCAGCGGGGCCAGCAUGGCCAGCACGGCUGGCACCUUGCUCCACUUCUUUAGGUGGAAAACAGCCCACCCCACCCCCCAGGGGUCUCCAGGUCCUGAGCUGCUGGGUUGGAGCCCAAGCUGGGACAGCUGAGUCCUCACUGCUCGCUGGAGGAGCCGGUCCCAGGGCUGGGGACCGAGACACAGGGAGAAGCAGCAGGAAUGAGAGAGACAGGGGGACAGAUGGAGCCCCAGCUUGUCCCUGGUUCCCGUCAUUCCUGAGACCAGCUCCGCACCCUCUGUGCCCGAUAUGCCGGAGUUACUGAUAUGUGUAUUAGGUUUUUAAAUUUAUUAUUAUUAUUUUUUGCUAAUCAAGUUGGGUUUGGAUGGCUCUUGUCCACGAGAACACUGACUGAUACACACACCGAAGAGGGCGAUUCUGUGAGUUCCUAGUUCUGGGACCUGAGAGAGUGGACGUCCCUCUGCCCAGCGAGGACACUGCUCUGAGUACCCAGCUCUGAAAAGGGACGGGAGGCCUUGCUGGGCCCAGCGUCAGCGCUGGCCUUCUGCCUCCCUCUCCUCCUCCUCCUCCUCCCGCAUCCUGGCUCCCAAGCCCCCUGCACCCCCCACCUCAGGGCAGGGGCACCUCCCGAGGCCCCAGAGCAGCUCAGGUCUCCCGUGGGCGGCGGGGCCUCAGACACUACCUCAAGGCCAGGAAGGCAGUCGUAAAACCUGAGGAAAUGAUGUCGUCUCUCUUAGUACUGCUUAAAUAAGGCUAAUUAAGCCCUGGCUUGUGUGGCUCCGUGGGUUGGACAUCAUCCUGCAAACUUUCGUUUGCAGGUUCAAUGCCCAGUCAGGGUACAUGCCUGGGUUGGGGGCCAGGUCCCCCAUAGGGGACACAUGAGGGGCAACCACACAUUGAUGUUUCUCUCCCUCUCUUUCUCCCUCCUUUCCCCUCUCUCUAAAGAUAAAUAAAAUCUUUUUUAA